CGUCAGUUAAGCUAAUUCACCAUAAUCAAAACACCCUCCUCUAGUUCCCUCUUUCUUCUUCACCCUCAUCGAAUUUCUCAAACUUCAAUCAUGGAGAUCAUGGAAGGAGACACCAACAUGAGAACAUUCGACAUGGGUGCACUUAGGUCAAGUCUUCCCCGGAACCAGAGAGGGUUGUCAAGGUACUACUCUGGAAAAGCACGAUCAUUUACGUGCAUGGCCGAUGUCCGAUGCCUAGAAGAUCUCAAGAAACCAGAACGUCCCGAUGCGAAAAAGAGGAAGAAACAUACUGAGAAGAAGAACUAUGCUGUUCCAGCUCCCUAUCCUCCCAUUCCAUGUCGACGAGUUUCUAGUACCACCCAAUUUGCUACACCCUGUGUUGGUGUGUGAUAAUAUGUCCACGAAAAAUAAAAAUGAACAAACAAAAAACAUAGAAAGGGCAUUCGAUUAUUAUUCAGCGAGCGUAGCAUACUCCAUUUUAGUUUCCUAAACACCACCCGCGUGAGCGUUGGAAAAUUAUGAAAUAUUCAUUUUGGAGUCCAAGAAGCUGAACAAGGAUGCUAGAGUACAUAAACCUUCUUUUUUGGCAAUAUGUUGCUGCUUUUACUCCAAAUUAUUUGUGUACAUAAGUAAAUUACUUGUAUUAGAUUUAAUCUGCUUUUCGUUUUCCUUUUGGUUUUUCCCAUAAAGAAAAGCACGGUUACGUUGUAUCUAGAGCUUUGGUUUGAUGUAAUCUAUGUGAUGAAACAAACGACUUAAAUACAUGUCAAUCUUUUGAA